AUGUCUCUCAAGGACGACGCCUGGCCAUCCUCCGCCGCUUUCGAUGCCAUCUCAUCUGCGCUUUCCAACGAAGCCGAGCGUAAAGACGCAGUCAAGAAGGGUGGAGCAAUAUUCGCCUUCACAUUGAAGAACGGCGGCGGAGAGACGAAGGACUGGUACAUAGACUUGAAGGAGACGGGCACUGUAGGCCAAGGCGUAGCACCCGAGGGCAAGAAACCUAAUGUGACUCUCAAUCUCGCUGACGCUGAAUUCUCGAAGCUCAUUUCAGGCAAGGCGAACGCACAGAAGCUAUUCAUGAGUGGGAAGCUGAAGGUCAAGGGCGAUGUUAUGAAGGCGACCAAGAUGGAGCCGAUCCUAAAGAAGGCGCAGACGAAGGCCAAGCUUUGA